AUGGGCGUCAUCUACAAGAUACUCAAGCAGCAACGCCAGCAGCACCAUCGUGGCCAUCAUCUCACCAUGGAUCUUAGCCUGAGUUCGGCCACAAGGUGCAAGGUGCAGGCGGCCAUCAAGCAGCGCCAGCAGCAUCGACUGGAGCAGCACCAGGAGCUGGAAAAGGAGCACAGGCAGGACCAGGAGCAGCAGCAUGAGCGGGAGCAGGAGCAGAGGCAGGAGCCGGCUGGGCGCGAAGAUUGCAUGGAAAUCGAUCACGAGCAGGACAAGGACGAUCUAGCCGAGCAGCAACUCCAGCAGUUGUGCCGCUUUCUGGCCGACAAUGCGGCACGCAAAAAGCGUCAGAGAUUCAAGCUGCAAUAUCAGGAUCACAAUCGGGAUCUUGAUCAGCAGCGGCAGCAGGAGAAGGAGCAAGCAAUGGAGAUGGAGCUGGAACCCUACUCACCGCCACCACAUGACAUGGCCAUGGAGUUCAUAGAGCAGCUUCAUCAAUCCUCGCCAGCAACUGCCGUCAGCAGCAGUGGUCCUGCGACAGCUCCACGUGAUAGCAUCCUUCUAAAGAUACGUCAUCAUUUCGAGAGAAAACGCCAGAGGCAACGUCAGCUGGCGGAAUUGGUUCAGCAACGUUUGGUGGUCUGGCGACCCUGGUAG